AUGAGCGAAAUCACACACUCCACCAUUAAGGAUGGCUGGUUUAGCGAGACCUCUGAGAUGUGGCCUGGCCAGGCCAUGACCCUCAAGGUCAAGGAGGUCCUCCACCACGAGAAGUCCAAGUACCAGGAUGUGCUCGUUUUCGAGAGCACUGACCACGGCACUGUCCUCGUCUUGGACAAUGUCAUUCAAUGCACUGAGCGCGAUGAGUUCUCUUACCAGGAAAUGAUUACCCACCUUGCUAUGAACUCCCACCCCAACCCAAAGAAGGUGCUUGUUAUUGGUGGUGGUGACGGUGGUGUCCUCCGUGAGGUUGUCAAGCACGAGAGCGUCGAGGAGGCUAUUCUUUGCGACAUUGACGAGGCCGUUAUUCGCGUCUCUAAGAAAUACCUCCCCGGAAUGAGCAUUGGUUUCCAACACCCCAACGUCAAAGUCCACAUCGGCGAUGGCUUCAAGUUCCUGGAAGACUACAAGAACGAAUUCGACGUGAUCAUCACCGACAGCUCCGACCCAGAGGGACCAGCUGAGUCACUCUUCCAAAAACCCUAUUUCGAGCUUCUCAAUGGAGCUUUGCGCGAAGGCGGCGUGAUUACCACUCAAGGUUCUGAAAACCAAUGGCUCCACCUCUCGCUCAUCACCGACCUCAAAAAGGCCUGCAAGGAAGUCUUCCCCGUUGCCGAAUAUGCCUACACUACUAUCCCCACCUACCCAUCUGGCCAGAUCGGGUUCAUGGUAUGCUGCAAGGACGCUUCGCGAAACGUCAAGGAGCCUAUUCGUCAGUGGUCUCGUGAGGAGGAAGAACGCUUGUGCAGAUACUACAAUGCCGAUAUCCACCGCGCGAGCUUUAUUCUGCCCAACUUUGCUCGCAAGGCUCUUGAGUAA